CCCGCCCCCCCCCCCCCCCCCAACUCUCCUUGAGGUGGCUUCCUAUAAGAAGUGUACAAUGUUCCUGCAACAGUGGCGCCACAGUUGUUUGUAGUAUUUCCCAUUGUCUGUCUUAUGGACAUGUUCUGUAUUGUUUAGUUUUAUUUGUGACAGGUAAAGUGAAUGCUGCAGUUAAGGUGUUUGCAAAAACAGUAUAAACAAACUGGUUUGGAUGUUCUUUGGAAACCUUUCUCUUUUUGCACUGCAGGAACUAUAGAUUGACUGCCACAAGCCUAAGAUGUCAACUCCCAAUUCCUGUUCGCAGGAAUUGCAAAAAGAAAGUUAAGUUAGCAAUCUGCUUUCCUAUAGCAGAUUAGGUCCAACACAGGUAUCUGCUAAAGACUGUUGCCAAAGUACAUUGUUAUAUACUUGCCCCACUGACCAAAUGGGGAAUCACUCCAAAAUUGGUGGGGUAAGGCGCUGCCAUGAACCUCAGAUCUUAGGCCUCGCCUCAUGAAUUGUAAUCCUUAGAUUUGAAAAUCACUUAAGAGGUUAGCCAAACUGAAUCCCAAGACAGCUCCCCCUCCUCCCAGACAUCUGGGGUUAAUGUAUGGGUUGUAGGACAAGGCAGGCAGGUGGGCAGAGGUCUUUUUCUGCUUCCUGUGCUGACUUGCAGGGUGAAUCUCAGCCCGGUUGCAACUCAGGAGUCUGGAAGAGGAGGAAGGGAGGAGGAAGGUCCCCGCAGUCAUCAACAGGGCAGGUGGCUGCGCUGGAGCAGCGCUUGCUUCCAUCCUAGAGAGUGGAGUGGGGGGGGAGAAGGUGGGCCCGCAGGCCCCCUCCCCAGGGCAAAGGGCAAGAAGAGGGCAAGCCCCUCAUCUGCCCAAGAGCAGUACCCUGGCACACCACCAGAGGGCAGUGCCAGGCCUGGUGGGGGAGACUAGGUUGAGUUUCUUCUUUGUGAGAAGGGGCAGAAGUGGGAAGGGGCAGGCGUGCGAUUGCGCAUGUGUAGAAAUGCUUCCUGGGGAAAUGGCCGGGUCCCGCACUGUUUCCUCCCAUGGUGUAACCUCCUGCUCAAUAAGGAGAUGUUGCUGCAGCCUCUCUCUUGCCUCUGCUGUGGUUUUCCCUGAAAUGCCCCUCCAUCUCUCUCUGGGGCAGGCAGGGGAAGCAAAUCGAGUUGUGUGAAAGAUGUUCUCUGUUUCUGUUCUGAGUUUCGGAUCCCUUCCACUCCAGAGCCACCCGCGGAAGUGGGCUGCUGCUGCUGCUAGAGCUGCUUCAGAAAGGCUGGGUGGCCUCUCAGGGGCCCUGGGCUCCUGGCUGUGGUUUAUCCGUGUCCCAUGUGGCUGCUUUGGAUUGGCCCACAUGGGCAAUGCUUUUUCUAUCACCAGAUGCUGACAGACUGCAGUUCCCAUGAGUCCCUGAGCCGGCAAUAGCCAGCGUCCAGGGAUGAGGGGAGCUGCACCUGACAACCUUUUGAGGAGGACAUGUCCUCCAUCCUGAUUUUACUGGGAUCUCUUAUUUGAGUGAGAUUCUGGGAGCAGAAUGUGGCCACUAAUCUCUACUUGUCAGUCUCGAUGGCCAAGCCUUCAAGCAGACAUGGGGAACAAACAGAGCCUGGAUGAGGAACUUUUUAGGACUACAAAUCCCAUAAUCCCUCAGUCAGUCUGGAAGUGGGAGAGUUGUUGGAAAAUACACAUAUGAAAGAGGUUCUUCUCUUACCUGCCUUAGAGCCAAAAUGAAGGAAAAUCCAGUCCUGAUGAUUGGUAAAGGAAGAUCCUGAGCAUGCACAGAAUUGUGGGUUUUAUACCCACCUCUUCAAGGCACAAUUCAGUACCAGUCGGGGUUCUUAGAGUUUCAGCCAACUGCAACUCUUAUCACCUGCUUUGAUGCUAAAACCAUACUGAGUUACAUCACUGUGACUAAGGAGCAGGUUGUUGCAGCUCACUGCCUUUGCUUUGCAGUGGGUUGCUGAAGGGGAUGGUUCCUCUUUGGGGCUUUCACAAAAGGUUGCCCCAAUUUCCUGCCCGAACUUGCAACCAGAGGAGGAGCAGCGUCUUGCCAGAGGAGGAACGGCCAGAGCCAGAGACGAGCAAGAACCCAAGGAGGAAGGAGAACCCAGCGGCGGUGGCAGUGGGAGGCCCAGGCCCGGCCCCUGCUCUACAGUCUUCCAGCCUUCAGGUGCAGUCUCCCUAUUCCAACAGCUUCUCCGUCCUUGGAUGCUUUGAAGCCGGUCUGGUCCAAGCCAAUCUAGCCUGUGUGUGCCUCCCUCUCUGUCUCUAAAGCCAGCCAGGGACUUCUUCUUCCAGGCACCAUGAGGGCUGGAGUCUCCCUGGCUGUCCUACUCUUCUGCCUGGAUCUUGGCCACAACCUGCGGUGCCAGAAGUGCAUGAGCCAGGAUGGGAACUGCACUGGGGCAACCAGCAUGGAGCUCUGUGGCCCCAGGCAAGACUCCUGCUUCUUUGAGAUCAAGCAGUUCCUGGACGUGAGUGCUGACACUGUCAAGCGGGGAUGUGGCACGGCCAAUGCCUGCCGCCGCUAUCCCGAGGGCUACCGGGGCCACUUGUUCCGCUCAAUCUACUGCUGCUCCUCUGACCUUUGUGAGCCACUGUCCUGUCACACCAGCAGGGCCGGCCCCCCAAAUGGCCUGAGCUGCCAGAGCUGCAUUGGGAGCUCUGCCGAGUGCGGCCAGGAGGCGCCUUCAGAGCCCUGCCGGGGGGCGGAGAACCAGUGUGUCCAGAUCUCCCAGCGCUUCCUGCCAGGGGAAGAACAGGAGCCCCUCAUCAAGGGCUGUGGGGCUGAAGACUUUGAGGAUGCGCUGUUGGCCUACCAGGUGGGAAGAGAUUUCGCCUACAUGGACCAGAAGGUCUGCCGGCUGAACAACUGCAACAACAGGAGUUUCCCUGACAUCCCUGCAGGGAGGCCCAACGGCCUGCAGUGCUACACCUGUCGAGAGUUGGGGCGUGGGGAUUGUGCCCCUGAGAGGCUGUUGCCUUUGAACUGCUCUGGAGACAUGGAUUGGUGCCUGCAUGUCAUCGGCAAAGGAGAUGGAGGGGCACAGGUGACCCUUCAGAAGGGCUGUGGUACAGAGACCAUGUGUGGCCGCCAUCAGGAGAUCUACCGCAAGCUUAAGGGGCCUGGUUCCUUCGCGUCUUGCUGUAAGGGCCGGCUCUGCAACCGGGCGCGGGGCCUACCGGUGCCAGUAGUGGGCCCAUUUCUUGCCAUGGUACCCAGCCGGGGGAAGAGAAGGUGCGGCGGGUCCAGCUCAGCUUCCCACUGGCUGCCAUGGGGCUCCCUCGGGCCCUGGGCCUCCAGCUCCUGCUCACCCUCCUCCUGGCGCCAGGUGAGGCCAUCUUCUGCUAUAACUGCACCAGUGCAACAGGCUACAAGUGCAGCACCGCAGAGGAAGCCUGCUCCUCCUCAGUCAACAGCUGCAUCACCAUUGCCCGCAAGGAGCACUCAGGGGCCCACGAAACAGAAAAUCCAGCUUACGAGAAAAAGUGCAAUUCAGAUGACCGCCUCUGCAAUCAGUUCUAUGGGCUGCUGGCUGGCGAUUUCCGCAUGCACUGGAACUCCAGUUGCUGCCGUUUUGACCGCUGCAACACCCGAGAAGUCAUUGAGGAAUUUAAGGAGGAGCAGGUCGCCUUCACAGGAUGCGCCACAAAGAAUGUCUGCGACAUGGGAGCCGUCGCCCUCUUUGCGGCCAGCCAGAACGUGGAGGUGAAGAGCAACCUGUGCAGCGGAGGAGCGCCAAGAGCCCCCGGCCAAGACGGCCUGGCCCUCUCCUUGAUGGCAGCGCUGCCUUUCCUGGCCUUUUGGCUUUGACUCCCCCCCCCCCCCCCCCCCCCUUCCCCCCCCCUGAGCCCUUUCUUCUUCUUAGGCUGCCUUCUGUUCCCAAUUCAUGUUAAAACAAUUGCCAGGCUUUCCACAGUUUGAGAAGGGGAAGAAUCCUUCUUCUCUGCUUUAAGAGCCAGACCGUGUUUGACCCACAGCUCUGAUGGGAGAGGGCCUCCGCAUAGUCCUUGCUUAUAAGGAGUCUGGGUCACAUGUCUAGGGAAGGAUCGCCAUGCGCUCCAUUUGUGGGAGCCUGGGGGGAGUAUGGCAGCAGAGGCGGGGAAAUUAGUGGGAAGGGACUCACAUGUUAAAUCAACCAUUUAUCGGUUAAAUAAUCCAAGUCAAUUGCAUUUAUGUUGACAUAGGGACACUUCUUAAAAAUUGCAUUACUUUUAAACAGUUGCUUAAGGCUAUAUUAUGUUCCAACAUUAAAAGCCUUAUCUGAAUAAAGAAGAGAAACCCAA